AUGGCGUCGACGACGGUGAUUUGGGUUGUAGCGUUUCUCAACUUCGCGUCAGCUCAGCAACUCAGUCCAGAGCACAGUGGCACUAUAAAUGGUGUGUGCAGAAGUAUAUUUUGCAACAAAAUAGAGAAACUUCCACAACUCAGCGAUUGCGUGGUCAUAUUGGGCAACCUACACAUUUUGUUAAUGGAGCAAGCUCAUAAAGAUGAUUUUCGAAAUAUGUCAUUCCCGAAACUAAAGGAGGUCAGUGGAUAUGUGGUGUUCUAUCGUGUUAAUGGUCUAGAAUCGCUGGGCCAAUUGUUUCCGAAUCUUUCUAUUAUUAGAGGGAAAGAAGUGGUGUAUGAUUAUGCUUUGAUCAUCUUUGAUAUGCCUGACCUUAAAGAGGUGGGACUUUACAGUCUUAUGCGCAUAUAUAGAGGCGGCGUGAUAGUGUGGACUGUUCCUCAGAUCUGCUACGUUCACACAAUAAAUUGGAAAGUUAUAGCACCUCAAGCACGCCAUGUGUUGGCCUCAUCUGAAGGAGCUAUGCACUGUAACUCUGUAUGCUCAUGUACGACAGAUGUUGCUACCAAUCACUGUUGGAAUAUAAAGAAAUGUCAGCGCUACUUGGAAGGUCCAGACAAGGAAAAGUGCAAUGAUGUAUGUCUUGGCUGUCGUAAUGUUAAUCCUAAUUUGUGCACCAAUUGUCGAUAUAGAACUUAUAGGGAUAAAUGUCUAACAAAAUGUCCUGUUAACACGUUGGUAGUAUCAGAUAUCGGAUAUUGUGUCACAGAGCCCGAAUGCCGCUACCUUGCUGGUUGGAAAUUCAAAAACUCUUGUGUCUUUAACUGUACAGCUGGAUAUAAAGCGGUAAUGGGUCCCAACGGUUACAGAUGUAUGCCUUGCAACAGAUGCGAAGAGACGUGUGGAAAUUUGACGCUACAUACAUUAGCACAAUUGCAAGAAGCGAGUAGAUGUGUGAAAGUAAAUGGUACGCUAAUUAUUCACGUUCGUUUUCUUCCGGAUGUGAUGACAGAGCUUAAAAGAUAUUUAGGACAGAUAGAAGAAGUGUCUGAUUAUGUUGUGAUUUACGGCAUGCCUACAGUUACAUCGUUAGAAUUUCUACCUUCACUCCGCUUAAUAUCUGGUCGAAUAUUGAGAAACAAAACUUACAGUCUUUUAGUAUACGACAUGAUAAGUCUCCAGAGUCUUUUUACAGAAAAUGUUACAAAGAAAUUGAUAAUUUCCAACGGAACCAUGUUGUUUAAUAGUAAUCCAAUGUUGUGUUCAAGUGAGCUUGAGAAGAUAAAGCACUUAUUUCCAAAAGUACCAGGCCCAGCAGACGUACCCCCUGGGGCAAAUGGAUACAGUGGUGGUUGUACUAAAGCCUCAGUUGGUUUACAUGUAACAGUUAUCAAUGAAACAUCGAUUGCAGUAAAUUUCACACAUGUCGCAAAUCCUGACGCUCAUUAUGCUAUAUUAUACAUGCGCCUGCCUCAAGGCUCCCGUAAAAUAUUCGUACCAGAAACCUGUAGUGAUAACGAUUGGUAUGCUUAUAAUAUUCCGAAUGAAAUUCAUAAUAAUAGUGUUGUCAAGUUAACCGAAUUAUUACAGCCAGCUUCAUCUUACGCCCUUUGUGUUGAAAAAUAUGACCCUCUUAAAAAGAUCCUUGCUCGUAGCGGAAUUGUUAAUUUUUCAACUCCAGUCGGAAAACCUGAGCCACCAUUUAUUUUAGAGCUAGUUGCUUCAUCUUCUGAAGUUGUAGUCUUAAGAUGGGUGGAUCAUAAAGUUUAUAGGCCUCAUAUAACUAGAUAUGAAAUUGAUGUGACUUUAGUUGAAAUUUACCCACAAGACGUUAUGGCAAGGGAUCAUUGUAAAGAGACAGAACGUUAUGAAGAGAUAGACAUUUUUAGACAUGCCGUAGUAAUGAGACCACCUCCAGAUUACGAUAGAGGUUGCGAGUCUAUGUGUGGAAUUCUCUCUACGGUUACCGCUGGAGCUAUGGUUGAAGAGUAUUUUGAUGUGUGUAGCAGUAUAGAACUUGGCUGCAACAACGUUGAAGCUCCUCCACCUACAAACACUUCGUUUGGAAAGUUUUUAAGAACUUUAUCGUUAAACAUAAAAGGGCCAAGAAAUGAUUUCCAAGUUGGAGGAUUAGCACCAUUUCGAGAUUAUCGUUUUAGACUGCGAGCUUGUAGUGGUAACCAAUGUAGUAGAUCAGCAAGGGGUGUGGUCAGAACACUGCGGGCCGAUUAUGCUGAUAUGCCAACAAUUGUUUACGCGAGUGCUAAUGAAUAUGGUUUUAUAUCUAUAAAAUGGGAUCCUCCCGAGAUAACCAAUGGUCCGGUAUUGUCGUACACGGUACAAGUAUCACCUUCUGUGAAGAUUGACGAUAGAUCUCAGUUAAUACCGCAGCUUUGGUGUCAAGCGGGACAUAAAACGUACAUGAUAGUGAAGUCUGUAAAAGUCGAUAGAUAUAUAGUACGUGUUUGUGCAACAACUCUUGCUUCUAGAAACGUUUGUAGUAAAAAUGUGAAAGUGACAGUUUUCACUAACGUCAGUUGGUGGGCCGGAAUCAUAUUUGGUAUAGUUUUAUUUACCAUAACAGCUAUAGCUACUUGUUUCUGGAAGAAACAAAGAGAUAUUAGUUACGAUUUACCACUUUUAUCUAAUAUUGUAGCAACAGGAGUAAGCGAGCCGCCUAGUUCGAUGAUAUCCGAUUUUAUACAAUUGUAUUCCAUACCAAUUCGUGAUACUGAAUUGGAUUGA